UGUAGGUUGCAACACACUCACAAAGGACUGCAUCUGUGUGUGUGUGAGUGUUUUGUGUGAAUCUGUGGCAUGCAAGCCUAACGGAAAGAAGCUGGCUGAAGGAUAAAACAUAGCAGAAUGGUUGCAGGAAGGUGUCACUGAGUGAGUGUGUACCAGCCUGCUUGUCUCAUGUUGUGUGGAGGGCUGCUCGGAUUCAAUUAAGCAAUAAUCCUCUUGAGGAAAAAGGAUACAGAAGAGUGAACGCUUUUAGCUCUUCACACUCCGGCUGCGUCUCAGGCCAACAAACUCCUGUAGUAAAGCCAUCUUGUUGACAUCUUGAUGAAGGCUAUGGACUGUGGCAGGACAUUUUGAUCACUUGCUCACUCUCCUGAGUAGAAGUCCGUGUGUCCACAGCAUACACAGAGCCAGCAGGCGGGACGGUGUGGCGAGCAGAAGGCACCCUUUGGGAGUACAGCAAGGUGGAUUCUCUAUGGUGAAGAUGAGCGUGGAUCCUGUGCAGGUGAUGAGCGGACAGGUCAACGAGCUCAAAGUUACCCCGUCGUCCAACGGAGAGAGCAGGGGACCAUGGGAGGAGAAAGAGUUUGACCAGGACCACCUGGGCCUCACCACCAAGCCAAAAUCAGUGACAGGGAGACGAGCCCGGAAGGUGGAGGGAGGAGUGUUCUUCCCCAAGCCGGAGAAUGCGGUGACCAUUGCUGUUUCCUCUCGGGUCCUGUUCCGAACAGAGCGCGAGCAGAAGGUGUUUGAGCAGAAAGGGGUGGAGGAGUAUCUACAAUACCAAGUUGAACAUGAGAACGAGCCCUUUGCCCCUGGACCUGCUUUCCCCUUUGUUAAGGCUCUAGAGACGGUGAACUCUCGCCUCAGGGAGAUGUACCCACAGAGUGAGGAACUGUUUGAUAUCGUUCUGGUGACGUACAACCACGCCCAUGUGGGGAUCCGACUCAUCAACACCAUCAACCAUCACAAUCUGUUCAUUGAGAGGUUUUGCAUGACGGGGGGAAGCAGUCCUAUUGGCUACCUGAAGGCCUGGCACACCAACCUCUACCUGUCUGCCGACGCCGAGAAGGUCAGGGAGGCGCUGGCUGAAGGCAUCGCAGCCGCCACCAUGUUCAUGCCAGAGAAGCUGACGGAGGUGUCAGAGUCGCAGCUCAGGGUGGCGUUUGAUGGUGACGCCGUCCUCUUCUCUGAUGAGUCGGAGCGCAUCUUCAAAGCUCACGGCCUGGACAAGUUCUUUGAACAUGAGCGGGAACACGAGGACACACUACUCGAUCAUGGUCCUCUGAAGGGCUUCCUGGAGGCGCUGGGGAAGCUCCAGAAAAAGUUUUACGCCAAGGGCCACCGACUGGACUGUCCCAUCCGGACCUACUUGGUAACGGCCCGCAGUGCAGCCAGCUCUGGCAUCAGGGCGCUCAAGACGCUGAGGGCCUGGGGCUUGGAGAUUGACGAGGCCCUCUUCCUGGCCGGGGCACCAAAGGGCCCCAUGCUGGAGAAGAUCAGGCCCCACAUCUACUUUGAUGACCAGAUGUUUCAUGUGGAGGGAGCAGCAGAGAUGGGCACUGUCGCUGCCCAUGUCCCCUACGGCAUUGCUCAGAAACAACCCUGCAAAAAGAGCACUAAUGCAUAGGAACGCAGUAGGACUCUGGGUGCCAGUGCCACAGACAUUGGGCCUGAACUGGUAAUCAUAGAGGGAUGAGAUGAAGAAACAGAUCUAAAGAGGGAGAGAGGUAUGAGGAGCUUUGGACUGCAUGGAAUGAUGAAGAACUUGUACUGUAAAGUUUAUGGGAAUGCAUCAUUUCCAUAAUGUAGCAAUCUUUCUUGUCAGUUUGUUUAUCACAAUGUAAGCUGCCAUAGCUCCAAGCUAUGACGUCAGGCAUUAGAUAGAGGUCUGGAUAGAGGUUAUAUACAGGUCUGCAACCUGAGACCAUCUGGAUGCCAAGUGUUUCUCAAAUCAAAGCUUGACUCUACAGAAAAAGGCUCUCAGUGCAUGGGCUCACUAUCAAAUCUUGCUCUGUAUGGGAUUUUCAAAGGCAUUUGUUUGCAAUGGUAACCUGACUCCAUUUCUCUCUCUACUGCAUGUCUUUAUUCUGACAGAAGACAUCUGUGAAUGCUUGCUUUUCAUGAGGUAUCAGCUGAAUGGCUUGACUCAUUGACACUUACAAGACUACUGUGUUAAGUAAAGCAGAGACUCCGCUCCCCCUGAAGAGUGCGGUCCUCUAUUCUUCACUGUAUAUCAUCAAUCGAUGAGCCAUAAGCAUAAUGCAGGGAGAUGAAGAAAACAGCUAUAUCAUGGUGUACUGUAGCACGUCAGUCAACAUUUGAACAUCUGAUGUGUCGAUCACUUUAAAGAGUUUGAUUUUACAAGAAUGUAAAAUAAUUUGUCUGCCACUGUAUGUACUUCAUAUUACUAAACUUAGAAAUGUUAUUUUGUUCACUGUUUAGUCAGUUGUAUUAGUCCAAAGCAAAUACAGGAUGCCAUACAUUUCAGUUAGUGCCUUAGGUUUGGUAAUUACACUGAAGUGCUGUAGGUUAUUUCUCAAAAGUUACUCUGGUGGACUUUCACGUUAAUACACAUGGCAGUGGUGAGGGAUGGAAAGUGCCUGUGCUUUGUGUUGUGGGUCUUUGAAUCAUUAAAGAAUAAUUUUGUGCUGGAAUAGCCUGCAUUAUAUGAGAACUGUAAGUUCCCACAGUGCAAUUAUGCAAAAAAAAAAAAAAAAAAAAAAAAAAAAGUACAUUAUAAUCAGAGAAAAAUGAAUAAACUGUAUGUAGCUGUCCCUACUGAAAAUACUACAUCGUACAUUGCAUACCUCUUUCACCAUAAAUGAUUUUAAGAUUUGCUAAAUUAUAUAUUAAAAAAUUAAGACAUAACAAGUAAAUAUGUUAUAAUUUUUUUGCACGCGGGAAUUCACGGCUUGGUUGCUGGGCUGAGACACAGAAAGUAUGUGUGUAUGACAUGUAUACCUCCCAGUCCCAUGAUGAUAUUAUUGAGUUUGGGCUGAAAAUGUGCGAAAUGGUCCUUUAAACUAACAAAAUAUCACAAUAAAUGGUAUAAUUUGGUGUAUAAUAGAUAUCUUCAUCUGCAACAAGUGGAUGAUCCAGUACUUUGCUUUGCUCCAGCAGCUGAAAAAUGCAGCUCCACAACAUCACUUGAGUUUUUAUGUUGUCAGUGAAUAUAAAUUUUGUAAUGUAAAGUGGCGAGUAGCGCCAUUCUCACAUUGUUUUAGCAAAAUGUUUUAAAUGUUACAGUAUAUCCCAGGAAAACUGUGCGUGAUUUAUCACUUUCAACUCAUUGUACUAUGGCAGUAGGAACCAGAAUUUCAUAAUUUCAUCCAUUUAAUGUCAUUGGUUCAAUAAAAAGAGAGGAUAUGAUGUA